AAUGUCUUCGUCAUUAAAAACGUUUCUAUAAUUUUAAAAACUGCCACUGGCCUGCCAGAUCUCCAUGGAAAACCGAAGUUUCGCAACACUACCACCCACACACACAUUCGCGAACAUCUGGUAACCUCGCUGCUGGAGCCCUCUUGAAAUUUUGUUUACUGGCAUUUAAAUAUCAGCGAAUUUUGGCUAAAAAGUCUGACUUAUGCACCUAGCACUGAUGCCCGGAGCGACUAGAUGAGUGUCUGGAUGAGCGGGCUCCCGAAAUUUCGCACUAGCCACACAAAAUAUAUUGGAAACUAUGAGUUUGCACUACGCGGAAUCGGAAUCUUCGCAGUCAGAGAGCAAAAUGGACAUCUCGGAGACGCCGACGGACUCAACGGGCGUCUCGCCGCUGGCGGAUGAUCUUGUGCCCACUGCGCCGGAAAAGAAUAUCCUGGAAUUGGAGCAGGUGAAGCAGGAUCACGAUAAGAAGGAUCUGGAGUUUAAGACGACUUCCACGCUGGACAACAGAAUACUGCGUCCAGAGCUGCUGCCCAUGGAGGCGAUGCCACAACGACACAACACCAUCGAGCGCACCCUGGCCAACAGCCAUCCGCUGAUGUCGCCAACCAACACGGACUCAGACUCUGAGCCCUUUCAGCUGAAGAAGCAGGAGAAACAGACGCCCAGAAGCAACUUUCCGGACGUAGUGCCCACCACGGAGACGGUGCAGGUUAAAAACAACCUGAAUCAAUCCCGGAACAAGCCGCAGGACGCCAAGGUUAGCUUGCUAAGGGCCAACAGUCCGGAUAUCCUGAGCAGCGAGUCAGAUGCGGAUGUGUCGCAGUACCUGGCCGCUGUGGAGUCCAACUUUCAGUCCGUUUCCCUUAUGCCCAAUGGCAAUGGCAAGAAAUCCAAGCGAACGACCACUCUCCCUGGUGGCGAGGACAUAUCUAGCCUGGAUUCGAUCUCCAAUCACAGCUUCGACGAUGACGAGGACAUUGAGCACAACUUGGCCUCCUUAAGUCCAUCGAGCUCGCUGAUUGACGGCUUAGACGGAGAGGAUGACGACGACGAUUGCGAGGGUCCAGAACUGCUGCCCGAUCACGAUGACGACUUGGAACUGGACCUGGAGUUCGGUUUGGCCACCACGCCCACGCCAAAUGCUCCGGCAUCGGCCACGGCUGCCUCAACUCUGCCGCAGUAUACGGCUGCUGAAGAGCGACGUGAUUCGCGGAAUUGGCAGAAGAUCACAUUACCGGAUGGACGCACCCGGGAGAUCGACAUGCGGGUCAUAGAGCCUUACAAGCGUGUGCUAUCCCAUGGUGGCUAUCUCAAAUCUGGCGGCCAGAACGCCAUAGUCAUCUUUUGCGCCUGUCACCUGCCGGAUAGGUCGAGGGCUGACUACAGCUAUGUGAUGGACAAUUUGUUUCUCUACGUAGUUAAGACCCUGGAACAGUUGGUCACUGAUGACUAUGUGCUGAUCUAUCUGCAUGGCGGCUCCAAUAGGCGGAACGUUCCGCCUUUUCCCUGGCUCAAACGGUGUUAUCAGCUGCUUGAUCGCCGACUUCGCAAAAGCCUGAAGCACAUGUAUUUGGUGCACCCGACAUUCUGGAUAAAAUCGCUGGUGUGGAUGGCGCGGCCUUUUGUGAGCACAAAGUUUUGGCGCAAGCUGGUCUACGUAAAGUCCCUGGAGGAACUGGGCAUGCACGUGGUCGUGGAGAAGGCGGCCAUUCCGGAAAAGGUCAAGCAAUACGACGCCAAGCGGCACUGAGGCCCUGCGAUGCCCCAGACUUGUUAAACGCAAAACGCUAAUGCAAACUUAACGCAUUCAUGCCACACUCGCUACUCGAGCCUCUGCAUUCCCCAUCUUCAAUAAGAACUGAGGCAAAUCCUCCAAUCCGGUCGUUUGCGCUCUCUCGCUAUGCUUUAAUUUAAGAUCUCAAUCUUUGUGAUACUUUAUUUUUGCCUUCUCUCAGCCAACUCGAAAUCCCCCCUGCAUUUUUCUGUGUGAAGCGUGAAGGCGUUCAGCAAAACAUCGAACAAGUUUUUGUAGUUCUUUAUUGGCAGUCGUAGAAAUCGUAUUAGACACAGACUCAUAUGUGUUAGGAUCCUAUAUAUACACCCACAUACAUAAUGAUACAAUGUAGUUAUCGUGUAGCUUCCGCUUCAUAUAUUUUAUAAUGGAACAUACAUAUGCAACCAGAAACCACCAACCUUCCGUACAUGUUACCUUUCCUUUGUAGUGGCAAACAGAGAAAACACGAAGUUGGAACAGAAGCAACACUAAAACUGAACCUAAACAUAAGUAAUUGAAAAUCUUUAGCUGAAUUGUGCAUCUUAUAUCGCAUAUUGUAUAUUCCAAGCGUUCCAAGCACGACACUUUCGCUGACACAUGAGAGACCCCAUGCCAGUCGACAGUAGGUGCCCCAUUUAUCUCAUCCACCAUCAGAGUUAGCCGAUUAGCCUGUAAGUGAACUAGCGACCAUUCUUUGUGAAAUCUACACACGGACACACGUAGAAUCUCUCUAGUGGAUAAUGUGACGUACAAUUAGGCAAUGUAACCGAUUGAUAUUAAGAGCGACAUUUUGUUGGUUUCCUUUUACCGCUUUAAACAAACAAUAAUAAUAAAGUGCAAGAUGAUUUUUUA